AUGACACCCGACAAAGCAGGGGAGGUUGGUCUCUUGAAACGAGAUAAUGUCAAAGUCUCUGGAAGAAGUAGUAGUUUCGUCACGAAUGAGACUAAAGUAUUUAAUCAGACUUUAUGGGAUGUUGAAAUUAGAGCAACGAGAAAUGUUAUAAAAAAGUUAAACAAAAUGGACCCAAAACCAAGAUUUUUUAUUGUAUGUGGUGAUCUAGUCGAUGCUUUCCCACAUGAAGAUCCUUUUCGUUCAAGACAAGAAACUGAUAUCAAGAAAGUGUUCAGUGAAUUAGAUUCAUCUAUACCACUUGUGUGUGUUUGUGGAAAUCAUGAUGUUGGAGAUGAACCGACGCGUGAAUCUAUUCAACGAUAUAUUGAUCAUUUUGGUUCAGAUUAUUUUGAUUUUUGGUGCGGUGGUGUUCAUUGUAUUGUACUAAAUAGUCAAUUUUACGCUCAUUGUGAGAAUGUCAAAGAUUUAAAGGAAGCCCAUGAAAAAUGGCUUGAUACUGUGUUGAAGGAUGAUGCGCAUGUUGCUAAACACACGAUAAUAUUUCAACAUAUUCCGUGGUUUUUAGCUGAUGUUAAUGAGCCAAAAGAAUAUUUUAAUAUUGAGCCACAUAUACGCUUAGAAAUGCUAGAAAAAUUUCACAAUGCUGGAGUGAGAAAAAUCUUUACUGGUCAUUAUCAUCGAAAUUUUUGUGGCUAUUAUAAAUCAAUGGAAGAAGUUGUUACCAGUGCAAUUGGAUUACAAUUAGGAGAAGAUAAACCGGGCAUCCGUCUAGUGCGUGUUACGGAAGAUGAUAUUCAACAUGAAUAUUUUGAAAUUGAUCAGUUACCGACAACAUUCCUAUGA